AUGGGAGAGAACAAUGAGCGAGCACACAAUGAAACGGGGGUGACAGAAUUCAUCCUUCUCGGCUUCCCUGGAUCUCAGUAUUUGCGGUUGUUCAUCUUCCUGCUCUUUCUUAACAUAUAUAUCCUAAUAUUUUUGGGAAAUGUAUCUAUUUGCAUUCUAGUAAUAACCAACCGUCGGCUCCAUACACCCAUGUACUUUUUCCUAUGCAAUCUCUCUUUCCUGGAAAUAUGGUACACAACAGCCUCCAUCCCCAAGACACUUGCCAUCUUUCUGGGGAAGAGCAGAAGCAUCUCUUUCACUGGCUGCAUCCUGCAGAUGUACUUUGUUUUUGCCUUUGGCUGCACAGAAUACUUCUUCCUAUCUGUCAUGGCUUAUGACCGAUAUUUAGCCAUAUGUUACCCUCUACGCUACAACACCAUCAUGGACAUCCACCUCUCCAGCAAGCUGGCAGUAAGCUCUUGGCUGUGUGGAUUCCUCAUUAUCUCUAUACCAGCCUUUCUGAUCACAAGGUUGUCCUUCUGUGGGCCCAAUGUGAUUAAUCACUUCUACUGCAACAUCGAUUCCUGGAUAGUUCUCUCCUGCACAGACACCCAAGUCAUUGAGACGGCAGCUUUUGUCAUAUCCAUUGUUGUAAUCUUGGGCUCAUGUGUAAUAACCCUUCUUUCCUACAUGUACAUUAUUUCCACCAUCCUACGCAUCCCCUCCACCAAAGGGCAGCAAAAGGCCUUUUCCACAUGCUCCUCUCAUCUUGCUGUUGUACUAAUUUGGUAUAGUUCAACCAUCUUUCUUUUUGUCAAGCCUUCUAAACGGACAUCUUUGGAAAGGACAAAAAUUGUGAAUAUCCUGAACACUAUUGUGACACCAUUGCUGAAUCCUUUCAUCUACACACUAAGAAACAAAGAGGUGAAAGAAGCCUUAAGAAAUGCAUUGCACGAAAUAUGUACUAGGUGGUCUUAA